CCCUUAAGCUCCACCCCUGCGAACCGCAGAGUGCCGGAAGAAAACGUGAGAAGGGUCGGAAAGAGACAGGAAAGGCAUUGGGUUUCGUGCUAAAAUGACGACGUUGGUGCUGGAUAACGGAGCCUACAACGCCAAAAUCGGUUACAGCCACGAGAAUGUCUCGGUUAUUCCUAACUGUCAGUUCAGGUCAAAAACAGCACGUCUUAAAACUUUUACUGCUAACCAGAUAGAAGAAAUAAAGGACCCUUCUGGACUCUUUUAUAUCCUUCCUUUUCAGAAGGGUUACUUGGUGAAUUGGGAUGUUCAAAGACAAGUUUGGGAUUACCUUUUUGGAAAAGAAAUGUAUCAGGUUGAUUUUUUAGAUACUAAUAUUAUUAUCACAGAACCAUAUUUUAACUUUACUUCUAUUCAAGAAUCAAUGAAUGAGAUCCUAUUUGAAGAAUACCAGUUCCAAGCAGUAUUAAGAGUAAAUGCUGGGGCUCUCAGUGCACAUAGGUAUUUCCGAGAUAACCCUUCCGAAUUAUGCUGUAUCAUUGUUGAUAGUGGGUACUCCUUUACACAUAUAGUGCCUUAUUGUAGAAGUAAAAAGAAAAAAGAAGCAAUUAUUCGGAUAAAUGUGGGAGGGAAACUCCUAACCAAUCAUCUAAAGGAGAUCAUAUCUUAUAGGCAGUUACAUGUUAUGGAUGAAACACACGUGAUUAAUCAAGUGAAAGAAGAUGUAUGCUAUGUGUCUCAGGAUUUUUAUAGAGAUAUGGAUAUUGCCAAGUUGAAAGGAGAAGAAAAUACAGUAAUGAUAGACUAUGUUUUGCCUGACUUUAGUACAAUUAAAAAGGGCUUUUGUAAGCCAAGGGAAGAGAUGGUGUUAAGUGGAAAAUAUAAAUCUGGGGAACAAAUUCUUCGUCUGGCCAAUGAAAGAUUUGCUGUUCCGGAAAUACUCUUUAAUCCUUCUGAUAUAGGAAUUCAGGAAAUGGGAAUUCCAGAAGCUGUUGUCUAUUCAAUUCAGAACUUACCUGAAGAAAUGCAGCCGCAUUUUUUUAGGAACAUUGUUUUGACAGGAGGAAAUUCCCUUUUCCCAGGAUUUAGGGAUCGGGUUUACUCAGAAGUUCGAUGUCUCACUCCAACAGAUUAUGAUGUUUCUGUUGUGCUACCUGAAAACCCUAUUACUUAUGCCUGGGAAGGAGGAAAAUUGAUAUCAGAGAAUGAUGAUUUUGAAGAUAUGGUGGUAACAAGAGAAGAUUAUGAAGAAAAUGGACAUAGCAUCUGUGAAGAGAAAUUUGAUAUUUAAGAAACAUUUCUGAAAGUUUUGACUGGUUCCGAGAAAGGUUUAAUUUAAACGUUCUUUUUAAAGGUUAAGGAUCUGUGCUACCUUUUAUCUUAAGAAAAAGACUUGAACUUAUGUAAAUACUUUGAUCUAGGGGUAAUUUUCAAAGGUUUCUCAGCUAGGUUACUAAAUGAACUGUAACUCAGCCCCUAUUUUCAUUUAGGAGCUAGAUUACUAUAACAAUGCUUAUGCUGUUUCUGAGAGUAGGUUCUCUUUCAUUAGAAGAUGAAAGAGUGAAUGCAUUUUAGGUUUAAUUCUUCAUAGUUGAAAGCAGAGACUUAACUGUCUCACUGGUCAAUUUUCCUUAGGAGGUAGUUUUGUGUGACUGUGACUAGGAAUUGGCCAAAGUGUUUUCAGUCUGGUAUGAUUUCUGUCUUAGAACUAAGUAUUUUACUUUAAAUUUGUCAUUCUUAUUUGUAUAUACUAAAGUUGUAAAGACCAUUCUUAUGUGUGUUUAAUGUUUAUUUUUUACUUAGAGUAAGUUUGAAAAUGUGGAGAGUAAAGCCAAUUUACUAAAGUGUUUCUGGUCACUACUAUGUUGGCAGAAAUGUAUUCACUCAUAAAAAUACCGCACAAUUUUGGGGGAUUGAAAUAAAUUUGAAGCUAACUUGGGGUUGUUCAA